AUGUUACCACUCCCCUACUACAACGACGAUCCCAAGUCGUUUGCGUAUCCCACAGUACACAACAGAUGGCCCACAAUCAUAGAGGGCUGCAUUGAGGAUAUCAAGAAAGAAAUAGAUAAUAAUUCUACUCUUCAGUCUUCAGGUGAAAAACUCAUAGAUUCCUUUAAGCAAUUGUUGGAUGAUUUUAAGAGUGAUAAAGUUGUCGAGCCAUUCGAUGAGACUUCGAAGGGCACUCCGAAAGAGAUCUUGGCCCGCUAUAACAAAUCUCUUCGUCGUUUGAACGAAAUGAAAAAAGUAACUUGGUUGACUGGUCCCUGGUUAUACUUGGAAUGUUACUUGUACCAAUGGAUUCAUUUGCAAAUGUGGUCUUCUGACGAAAGUCACUGGCACACUUAUGAUAUUUUUGAGCGUCUCAAGACCGAAACUUUCCGCCAAUCUUCGGACGGAGUGAUUGAAUUGUGUAAGCUCUACCAGAAACUCAAUGGAGAAAUUAACACCGGAAAUCUCGAUGAAGAUGCUUUCAAGCUUGUGUUCAAAGAGCUCAUUGACGUGUCUUUGUGGGGCAAUGCCACAGACCUUUCUUUGCUUGCUGGAAAUGUUACAGCAGAUGAUAUCAAGUCUGUGCAAGGAGCAGAGGCCAGAAAAAAGAACGAAAAGAACAUUUUAGUCAACGAUUUUGAAAGUGCUUGGGCUCACUUGAAGUCCUCCAAGUCUCAAAGGAUCGACUUUGUUCUUGACAACUCUGGUUUUGAACUUUUCACCGAUUUAGUAUUGGCAUUGUUCGCAUUGGAUUCAGGUUUGGUCCAAGAAAUCGAUAUUCAUUGCAAAGAGAUUCCUUGGUUUGUUAGUGACACCAUGCCUAAAGACUUUGAUGCUCUCGUAUCUCAACUCGAGGAUCCAUCUUUCUUCAAAGAACUUCAUGGAGACGAAGCACUCACCAAGUUUUCCUCAGCAUUGAAGAAGUACUAUAAAGAUGGCAAAAUCAGAGUGCAAUCCCAUCCAUUCUGGACCACCGACGCCAACUUCUGGGACAUCGUCAGAGAAGACGAUUUAUUUGCCGAGUUGAAAAAAUCUGACUUGAUCAUUUUCAAAGGAGACUUGAAUUAUCGUAAAUUGACAGGCGAUAUCCACUGGGACAAAACUACUCCUUUCAGAACCGCCAUCCAAGACUUGGCUACCUCGGGUCUUCCAAUCUUGAGUUUGCGUACUUGUAAGGCUGACGUUGUAGUGGGCUUGCCCCAAGGUGUCGAUGAGCAGUUGAUCGAAACGUAUAAAAGUAUGGGAAACGAAGUUGGAGAGUUCUGGAGCUCUUCCGGUAAAUGGGCUGUGGUCAGCUUCAACAAGUGA